AUGUUGGCUUCUUCCCCCUCGCCUUCCUCCGCGGCCUUGCGAUCCCCUCACCCUCAUCCACACCCGCACCCACUUCCUCACUCCGCCGGAGCUGCGGCGCAUUAUGAUCCCUCGUCCGCUCCGCAAUUCAAUAGUCCUCGCUCGUCGCGCCUGGCCAUUGAGGAGCUGCGCUCGGCCUUGAAUCGCCAUACCGUCGAUCCUUCCUCUCCUGAAUCUCCUGCAUCUUGGAGACGGCGCGUAUCAACCGUAUCAACGGCAUCCACCACCGCCUCUGUCGAUACCCUAGCCCAAGGUUCCGCCUUGGCUCUCUCCUCCGGUCCCUCUGCCGCCACUCCUGCUUCCACUGUCCCUCCUGAGUCUGCAGCCGCGACUGCCCCCGUGAAUAUUCCGCCCCCCACCGCCGCACCUCCUGCCUCUGCUGCUGCUUCUCCUGCUGCUGCUGUCACGGUUACCACUCCCUCGAUGCCCGCCCCGGACAGUUCGGGUUCCAACAAGCGCAACAGCCAGUGCGACCAUCACCCGCCGGAUGCGACGGUGCCGGCGGGGUCUGUUCAUGAUGGAGAGGCAUCGCAGUCUAAGCGCCAGCGGUCAUCCCGGGAAAAUGUUAAGAUCUUGCCUGCACAGUACGAAGAAGUCGAUCCUCGUGACCUAGUGGUGCUGAUUUCCAGCAUGCUGAUGGAGCUGAUUCGCUUCAACGACAAAAUCCCCCUGCAUCAGGGGCGCUUAACUCGUUUCCACUCACGUUCGCCACCUCGGAUCUCCGUGUUGGAUUACCUGCAACGUCUGACUACCCACGCUACCCUGUCGCCCCCAAUUUUGCUGAGCAUGGUCUACUAUAUUGAUCGCCUAUGCGCCUUGUACCCGGCCUUCACGGUCUCCAGCCUGACCAUCCAUCGUUUCCUGAUCGUCAGUGCCACGGUGGCUAGCAAAGGGCUCAGCGACAGUUUCUGGACGAACAAAACGUAUGCGCGAGUCGGAGGUAUCACCAUGAACGAAUUGGCCAUGCUGGAACUUGAAUUCUUGUUCAAGGUCCAGUGGCGAAUUGUACCACAACCAGAAGUGCUGGAGGACUACUACCAGAGUCUUAUCGAGCGAUGCGAUGGCUUCGAAAUCGAGCGCACCAGUGCAAAUCACAGCACUGUACCGACGUCUACGACAACGGCCGUCAACACCCCAUCAGCAUAA